AUGGAGCCGCUUCGAAAGACCACACACCAGUAUGCGCACCAUGAUAUACCGCUGGAAUGUGACGUGUAUGAUGCAAUCAACUAUGCGGAUGAUGCGCCCGUCUUCUUGUUCUUCCAUGCCGGCGGCCUAGUGGGAGGUAAUUGUUCCUGCGUUCCUCCUUGGCUUGUGCAGACUUGCUACGGCCAAAAGUGGCCUUUGAUUAGCGCAAGCUAUCGACUUGUUCCUCCUAUUGGAGGUAAGGAGUUGCUUGAAGACGUCACGGCUGCUUAUCAGUUUGCUAGGAAGCUGGGUGAUAUUGCAGAGCGACGAGUCAUAGUUGGAGGAGCCAGUGCCGGACUGUUUAUGGCGAGCCUAGUUCCUCAUCAUCUUCAACCUGCACCGUUGGCCUUGUUUUCUAUCAGUGGCAUUGCCACGUUCCGCCAUCCCUUUUACCAUUCAUCAAUCCAACUCACCCCGACUCCAAUUCCCACAAGUGAUGUGGAACGCUUCUUCAAUGGUCCACUGAUUGUUGGAUCCGCACCGGACUAUGACCCCUGGACAUUCCAUCCUGCAAUGCUACUGCCUUCAUCUACGGCUAAGAAUCCGGACUACGUCCACCCACAGCCCCCUGCAGAGAAAUCUGCCGCUGAAAGGGAAAUCGAGAUCCGUGACACUCUCUAUGACUAUUACAUUUAUCAAAACGCAUUUGAAGGUAUAGUCGGUGAGGUUGAUCCCGGAUUUGACUGGGCUUUGGAGAAGGGUAAGAAGUGGACGGCUUGGCCUGUGACCAUCUUCAUCCAAGGAGAUGCCGAUGUGGAUGUUGACAAGGAUGUGUGUGUCUCGGCAGCAAGUAAACUUGGCGAGAAAGCGAAGUUUUUUAUGGCCGAGGGACAGCCGCAUUUGUUUGAGGGGCGCAGUUUUCUAGAAGAGGAGAGUCCGGCAAUGGACGUGGUUAGGGCUGCAAUUGCCGAGUUGAAAAGCGUUGUUGGUCAAGCUUAG